UGUAUGACAGUCUAGUAGUUAUGCCUCUGAUCGAGAAUUGCAGACCAAAACUUGGCGUCACAUUCUGUUUUAUGUGGUGUUAUUUCCGAUGUUCAACAGAGUGACGUGUUCCGUUCACCUGCAGCCGCACGUCAUCUUUCACUAUUAAAAAGCUUAAUCACAGUGAAACUUUCAUCGGCGUUUUCAUGUCUGCAAUUUUUUCGCGAUAUUUUCACUAACCUAACAUUUAGGUGUUAUGAAUAGAAAAUAGAGACACAAAUGAAAUGGAUAUCAAAAAACAGUAUCCAGCAAUGAGUGAGGUGCAAUUAAUACCACCAGAUAGUAGAUUGAAACAAUGUUUCGAAGAGGCAACGAACUUUCGUUUUGAAAUUUCUCGAUCGAUUCAUAGGUACUGUCGUUCUGGAAGGGAAAUUAAACAUCAAGCUGAUGUUUACAUGAAAGAGGGUGACAUAGAAAAAGCAUAUAUUUUAUAUAUUAGAUGUAUAACGAUUUAUUUGGAGAAAUUUGAAACCCACCCAGAGUACAACACACUUUCAUUAGAGCAAAAAGAAUACAUUAAAGUUACCUUAAGAGAAAUAUUACCUAUUGUUGAAGGAUUAAAACCAAAAUUGUUAGAAAAGUUCAGGCUAGAAAAUGAAAGAAAAAAGCGAGAACUAAAACAGCUAGAGCUGCAAAGGAUUGAAAAAUUAAAACAAGAGGAAAAACGCAGGAAAAAAGAAGAAGAAGAUAAAAAAUUAUUGGCCAUGACAAUAAAAACACCACCAAUACCAGCCAAAUCUUUUGCAGAUCUAGAUGAUAUUAAAUUUAAAAGACAAACUCCAGCUCCUAGUGCUCCUGAAUAUAUACCUACUUUUAAUGAUAGUAAAGCACAAACAUCAAAAGACAUAAUAAAAGUUCCUUCUGUUGAUCGUUCAACAAAACCAGCAUCCUUAACAUCUGGUGAUCGGCUUAGAGACAUUAUUGUACCUGAAAGAUUAAUGCAAAAUUUCUUACGGUUAGCUCAAAGUAAUACUUCUCAGAAUAUAGAAACAUGCGGUAUACUGGCAGGAAAAUUGGAAAGAAAUAGACUAGUGAUAACACAUUUCUUAAUACCCAAACAAACUGGUUCACCAGACUCUUGCACAACUCAUAAUGAAGAAGACAUUUUUGAUUUUCAAGAUCAGCAUAAUUUAAUUACAGUUGGUUGGAUUCAUACACAUCCAACACAAACUGCAUUUUUGUCCAGUGUAGAUCUUCAUACACAUUGCGCCUAUCAACUUAUGAUGGCCGAAGCAAUAGCUAUUGUUUGUGCUCCUAAAUAUAACGAUACAGGGUUCUUUCACUUAACACCUGAACAUGGCUUAAAUUUCAUUGCGAAUUGUCGCGAAAAUGGCUUUCAUCCACAUCCUUCGGAUCCCCCGCUGUUUACUGUUGCAAAGCAUUUCAAGAUUGAUCCAUACGGAUCUAUUGAGUCAGUAGAUUUACGGAAAAAGUAGUAUGCAAGUAUGAAAAAAAUGUCAGACUUGACAUAGGAAUUUUCACAGUUUUUACACAAUGUAAUUAGAAAGAGUUCAAUUUUUUUAUCGAUUUUAUUUAAUCGAUGCAAUGCUUUAAAACAUAGAAUUUUAUUUUUAUCAGUUCAAUUUUACCUUAGUUCAGGAAAAUUCUAAUUUCAAAGUAAAUUAAAAAAUUUUUAAACGUGUUUUCUGAAACUUUGACUACAUAAUUUUCUGAGCAGCUUCAUGGUUACCUUUGUUUUAAUGUUUCUAGGCGUACCAUAAAGUCUUUAAAAAGAUAUAUACACUUGAUGUUUCAGAAAAUAUGUUUAGAAAUUUGACUUUUACUCUGUCGUGGUAACCUUAAUCGCCAGAUUUCCAAAAUGAGAAAUAAAUUGCAUUGUUUAUUUAUCAUAAAACAAACAUAAAUCAUCUAGUUUUACAGUGCAAUUAUUUCGAUCGCAAAAUAAUUAGCAAUAACAGUUUUAUUCUCUUCAAGUCAUUAGUUAGAAGAAAAAACUAAUAUUUGCAAUUACUAGCAAUUUUCACUAUUUUUAAUUUUUCUGCUAUAUUAUGAAGUACAGAAUUGCUAUGGAGAUGUCAUUUAAUUUUUUAAACUAUAAUGAAUUUUAGCUAUAUAUAUUUUUAUAAAUAAUGAUUAUAAAUCACAAUGCUUAUUUUGACUUUUAUGUUAAUAACGUUUGACGUUUUGUAUUCGUUACAAACGAAAUUUAGUAUUCCAUACAGAAACAGUUUAAAAAUCAUGCCGUGCCUUUGGUACAAACAAUGAUGGUGUUCUCACUUUAUGUAAUCUAACAAUGUAACAUAGUUAGUGAAAAUAAGACACGAGAGUAAUAGUAACUUGGUUGCAGAUGCCAAUCACUUACAGAUAAACAAAUGGAAAGUCACAAAAAAAUUAUGUUAAAAAAAUGAACAAAUAUAUAAAUGAAUGACAACUAGUCAAAAAGAGAAUAACAAUUUCAACUUCUCGCUAUGCGUGGCUUUUACCAUAGUGUAUAAAAGAAAUCUGAACUUUUUCAAAAUUGUAAUUAAUCUUUAGGAAUUGACAGUAAAAAAAAUCUUUUGCAAUUGUCUACAGCAUCGACGUUAUCUAAUUUUAAAUUGUGAUUUUCUCGACUGUACAUAUAAUAUAUGUUAGCGUGGUAUUGUGCAUUAAUACUUAUUGACAUUGUAAUUUUUUUUCCGUCUUCAAGAUCAACCACACAUUGCACAUUCGAAAGAGUAAUUUUAUAAAUAAAUGCAACAUAUCGUA